GCGGCAGCACACGUUUUCACGUAACAAUUGUGUUUGUUCUACUUCUUAGACUAUAUUCUCCGCAGACGUAGAACGUGUGCGCCGCCUUUGCUUUGCGCCAGCCUGAUUUUAAGUUCCACUAGUUAAAAAAAAAAAAAAAAAAGAGAGAGAGAGAGAACGGUUUUGGUGGGAAGAUUGAGCUUGUGCACAGCAGCAAGGCUGGAUAUCGCAUGACCGAUGCAGAGCUGCAGAGGAAGAGAGAGAGAGAAAGAGAGAGAGAGAGAUAAUCGAGAUUCUUGCAUUCGGGGGGAAAGCUGGUAGAGCAUAUUCGCUGAUCUGCGCUCGCUUUGGACGCUCUGGCAGCUAAAAUAAAGAGGCGCAUUUGUCAUCCGCUUCAGGUCUGUGCGCACUUGGAGGAAAGUCACGUUCUUUAAGAAAAUUUAAAAAAAAAAAGAAAAGAAAAAAAUGCAUGCGUCAAGCCCGGCGUGAUGUUCUGAGAUGUGGGAUUACAGCGCUCUGUUCUCAGCCAUGUCCGAACUUUGGUUCUGGCUGCUCUUCCGAGAUGACGCCGCUGAUUUCGGCCGGACGGACUCGGAAGCCGCGCUGGCGUGAAUGAGAUCUACCCUCCCUCCUCCUCCUCCUCCUCCUCCUCUUCCUCUUUCCCCGGAUCAGACGGCACUCUUAACGUGCGCCUGCUGUAUGGAGCCUAACGCGGAGGAGACUUGACUUGUGGUUUUUUGUUUUUGUUUUUGUUUGUUUUGUUUUUUUAAUUAUUAAUUUUUUUAAAUUUAAUUUUCCUUUGUUUUCUAUUUCGUCCAAUUUUUGUUGUCAUAUCUGCUUUGGCGAUCGAGUGAAGGACGGGUGACACCAUAGGAGAAGGCGAGAGAGAGAAAAAAAAAGACAAAUCAAUGUUUUCCACUGAGGUUGGAGAGAAGACCGUGAUUUUCGGGAUGCCUUGGCGUUCACACGGAUCGGCACGAUGACACUUCACACUGGCACCACACUCGAGUGAGCCGGGGCAUCCUCUCCCAGGACAAAAUGCAUAUCUGGAUUCUAAAAAUAAUCCUUCUGAUUGCAUCAUCUCUGAGGCUGGUCGAGAUGUAUGACAAUUAUGGGGAGAUCUGCCGGAGCCUGUGCAUGUGCGACGAGAAGGAGGGGAUCCUGAUGGUGAGCUGCGAGAACCGGGGGAUCAUCAGACUGACAGAGAUCAGCCCGGUUCAGUUCCCGAUGUACCACCUCCUACUGACAGGGAACCUCCUGAAGAAGCUGUCAGUCAAUGAUUUCAUCAAUUACACCGGGGUAACCAUCCUGCACUUGGGGAACAAUGAUAUCUCCGAGAUCGAGUCGGGUGCCUUCAACGGACUCCAGGGAUUAAAAAGGUUGCACCUGAAUAACAACAAGAUUGACCUUCUGAGGGACGACACUUUCACAGGGCUGGAAAGUUUGGAAUACCUACAAAUUGAUUAUAAUGACAUUAGAACUAUAGAGCCCAAUGCCUUGAGCAAACUGCACCAACUGACAGUGAUGAUUUUGAAUGAUAACUUACUUUCUGCCCUCCCCUCGAAUAUAUUCCGGAAUGUCCCCCUUACGCACUUGGACCUGAGGGGGAACCGACUAAAAAUGUUCCCCUACAUAGGCCUCCUGGAGCACAUGGACAAAGUUGUGGAAUUACAACUGGAGGAAAAUCCGUGGAACUGCUCCUGUGAGCUCAUUGCUCUCAAGGCUUGGCUGGAGAGCAUAGCCUACACGGCUCUGGUCGGGGAGGUGGUGUGCGAGACGCCUUUCAGGCUGCAUGGCAGAGACCUGGAUGAGGUGUCCAAGCAAGAGCUGUGCCCGCGGAGACCCGUAGAGGACACGGUCAGGCCUGCACCACCCAGCAGCACCAAUGGAUAUUAUCAGACCACACCUUCUGCUGUCACGGCCUCUGUCACUUCAUCAGCUGUUUUUAGGUCCUCCUCCAGGCCUACCAAGGGCACACGGCAAUUUAACAGAACUAGGUUAAAGCCCACUUCUCGGUUACCGGGCGGUAACCCGUAUAACUAUGGCCCCAUCAUUGCUUUUCAGACCAAAUCUCCUGUGCCUUUGGACUGCCCCACUGCCUGCACAUGUAAUCUGCAGAUUUCUGAAAUUGGGUUAAAUGUCAACUGCCAAGAGAGAAAGAUUGAAAGCAUUUCUGAUCUAAAACCCAAGCCAUACAACCCUAAAAAAAUGUAUCUCACUGGAAAUUACAUCCCUGUGGUGCGAAGAUCUGAUUUUGUCGAUGCCACUGGAUUGGAUUUGCUUCACCUGGGAAACAACAGGAUAAGUGUGAUCCAUGACAGGGCUUUUGGGGAUUUAACCAACCUCCGUCGGCUGUAUUUAAAUGGUAAUCUCAUGGACAGGCUUACAGGGGAGAUGUUUUUUGGCUUGCAGAACUUGCAGUACCUUUAUUUAGAGUACAACAAAAUCAAGGAGGUGGAGGCUGGCACUUUUCGCUACCUGCCUAAUCUCCAGCUGCUUUUCCUCAACAACAACCUCCUCAAAACUUUACCCAUGGGCAUCUUUUCCAGCCUCUCCCUGUCUCGACUUAAUCUGCGUAACAACCAAUUCCAAAACCUGCCUGUGAGCGGUGUUUUAGAUCAGCUCAAGUUGCUUGUGCAGAUAGAUCUGUUUGAAAACCCCUGGGACUGUUCUUGCGACAUAGUGGGGAUGAAGAUAUGGCUUGAGCAGCUCAGUGCAGGCACAGUGGUUAAUGAGGUUGUGUGCGAGACGCCCAUACGCCACAAGGGGGCGGAUCUGCGUUCCAUCCAGUCUGAGCAGCUGUGCCCAGAUUAUACUGACUCAUACGUCUCACCAACUCCCCCCACGGAGGAGCCCAUGGACGACCAUGUUGUCACAACAAACCCUCCUCAGAAGUUCAGCCCCUCAAGCAGCACAGUACCCCUCUCCGUCCUCAUCCUUAGCCUCUUGCUUGUUUUCAUCAUGUCUGUUUUUGUGGCGGCUGGGCUCUUCGUUGUGGUGAUGAAAAGGCGCAAAAAGUCUCAGAGUGACCGCACGAGCACCAACAAUUCAGACGUUAGCUCCUUUAACCUGCAAUACAGCCUCUACAGCAAUCGCUCCUGCCCUAAAGUCAAAGCCCCCGCCGGUCACGUUUACGAGUACAUUCCCCACCCGAUGGGCCACAUGUGCAAAAAUCCCAUUUACAGGUCACGGGAAGGAAACACGGUGGAGGAUUACCGAGACCUGCACGAGCUCAAGGUGACAUACAGGAGUACCCCUGAUGAGGAGAGGGAUAGUAGCACGUUGAGGAGUCCCGCGUACAGCGUCAGCACCAUCGAGCCACGUGACAACCCCUCCCCCAUCCAGGAUGCAGACCACUUUUUCAGGGGCAUUCUGGAGCCCGAUAAGCAGUCCCCGCAUCAGUCCAUCCCAUCCAUCCCAGCAGCCAAUUUAGAGUACAAGUACACUGGGCCUGUGUCGUACACGUACAACCCAAAUUUCGAUGUCAGGCGGCAGUUCUUGCACCCGGAGAGGAUAAGAGAAACGGUGCUCUACGGCACAGCACCCAGUACUGUUUAUGUGGAGCCCAACAGAAAUGAAUAUUUGGAGCUAAAAGCUAAACUGCAGUCUGAGCCUGAUUACCUCGAGGUCCUUGAGAAACAGACCACCUUCAGUCAGUUCUGAGCAACGCGGUUGCUAAUGUUAAUGAAACACUUUGUCUGCUGGUCCUCCUUGAAACAGUGGCUCAGUUUAUUAAAGGGUGCCUUGGCACAGAAACACAUGAGCAAACGCGAAGGAGCUAGGACGGGGUGUGCCGAACAAUCAAUUCUUUCUGAGACGCGACAGCACGAAAACGGAUACAGCUUUCUGACAGGUAGACGAACAAACUCCACUGAUGAUGAUGCAAAUUUUAUUUUUUUAUGGUGAAGAUGGAAUAACACAAAAUGUAAGUGUACUGGUAAAUCCUAUCCAACUUCAUUUUCAGGAAUAUAACCAUACAUAAAAAAAGGUAUAUUGUGAAUCAGAAGAGAGGGAGAGAAAAGAAAAAAAAAAACGUUUAUAAAAUCCCUCUUGGACAAAAAAAGAAAAACACUUGUACAGCAGAUGAUCGGAACUGUGUAGGACUAUUUUCUGCUGUAGUCUGUAAGUAAGUAUUUAUUGAUAUAAUCUGCCAUGUCUUUUAAAAAAAAGAAGAAAAAAAAACAAACUUUGAUUCUACAUCAAAUAUUACCUGUGUCAUCAUAUUCCAUGAUCCUCUGGAAAAAAAGGCUUAUGUUUGUAGUUUCAUUUACUGUAGCUCUGCAUUGUAACAGUGGCUUUUUCUUUUUGAAAGUGGCACACCCCCCCAAAUGUUCAAAAACAGACUGCGUCAUUUGAAGAUUUAAAAAACAAAACAAAAAAACAACAAAAAAUAGUGUCUUUGUAUGCUUUCUGCACUUUUUGAAAUUGGAAGGCGAGUUUGCCUUCAUUGAGCUCUCAUAAAGGAGAUUAUUAUAUUAAAAAUGAAUAUGAGUAUUCAUUCUUAAUAUGUAGAGAUAUGUUAUCAAAACUAAAUUCAUAAAUGAUAUUUGAAGUAUUCAUUAUGUUGUGUAAUACUGAUAUUUUAAUCAAUGUAACACCUAUUUUUAUACGAGCAUUGGCAGAUUCUCUAUCCCUUAUUGGUUCCUUUGUUUUGAUUGCUUUGCACUUAUUGCACUAUAUUGACCAAACUAUGUUAUUGUCAUCAAAUAAAACAAGAUGUCAGGUUCAUACAUUGUUCUUAUGAGGAAAACUGAAGUGUUCUGGUUGACAUUACUAAGAACAUCAGAGUUGGGUUGGCCGUGUACCCCUUUAAUUUGGCAAAUCAACUGACAAUGUCUUGGCUAAGAACUGGCGACUGAAGAUACAGUCUGUGCUUCACUCACAGGGCCAAGCUAGCGUCUCAGAAAGGCCUGGAAUCAAUGGGGAUUUAAUCAAUGAGAAUUAAACCUUUGCAAUUAUACAAUGACAACUAUAUCCACAUUACUGCCUGCCAAGCGACAAGGAGGUCAUUUAUAUAAACAUGAUAGGAGGUGACUUAGGGCUCCUGCAAAGCCAGUGGGUAUCAACUUUGGCAGUGAUGAAGACAUACAGACUCAAGGUAGUCAUAAUAGGCUUGUAAUAGUUUUUUUUUUUUUUAAUGAACUACAUGGGUAGUCAUAAAAAUGCUAUAAAUGUAAAUUUUUUUAUUUGUAUAUUUCAGUGUGGUUUUAUAUAACACUAUUUUUCGAUAUCUGUUUGGGAUUGUCGAAUAUUAUCAAAUUACGACCACUGAUUCAACCAAAAACAACAACUCCCAAUUGGUAGAUAACCAUUCAUUAUAGUAAUAGAAUCACAUUUCAACUUGGUUUUGCUAACAUGCAAAAUUCCAAAUGUAAUAUUUUUGUUCUUUGCAUAUGAAUAAUAUUUUUAGCUAGUUGAAUGGACUCCUAACUGCUCAUAUUGCCCAUAUAUGAUGUGCUUUUAAGUGGCUAAUGUUUACAGAGAGUGGUGGGGACAUUGUGGAGUGGUCCUCAUAACAGUAGAGAAUGAAAGCAUAAAAAAUUUCCUUAAAUCAUCAAUUGUUAAAGUGGGUAAGACAUGCAUCAAGUUUAAAGCAAGUGUAAAAUGAUGCACUGGUUGGCAUGAAAGGUUUUGUGGCUGACGACUUCUUCUGACCAACAUUGUGAUGGUACAAAAUGACAAGCACAAAUCAAAACAACAACUUUAGACAGUAAAGCAAAAACAAAAUAAGUCUAAUAAUUAACUAUUAUUGUCUGUAGCAAAGACUGGCUGACUGUUUUUGAGUAGGAAUCGGUGCAAAACAUAGCUUCCCUGUUGUGAUUUGGGCACAAAAACCAGGCAAAAGUAUAAAACGAUUAAAAAUUCAAUCAAGAGCAAAACUUAAAACAUUAAAAAUAUGUAAAUGUUACGUUUGCAGUUUUCAUGUUUGACUUUUUCAGUGAUUUGUGGUAGUGUAUGCUUUGUGACAGACAGGGCUCUGGGCUCAAAAGGAUCCAGAUUCAAAUGUGAGAGGGUAAAAUGAAGACAUUUUUAAAUAUAGAUCAAAACUUAAAGGUAGAUUUUCUUUUUGUACUGUUUGAAGUUGUUGUCUCAGUUUGUGCUUGGCCACUUCACUACUUGAAAACGCAAAGCAGGGUCCAUAAAAAGGCAAGAGGCUGCCCCUGUGCCACCAUUUUCAGUGUGCAGCGAGCGUCACCAUUUAGGAAUCCAAGCGCUCCCUCAGCAGAGACAGACGACAUCUUUGCGGAGCGGAAGCCUGCCGACUAAUUCUCAACUCGCGGGGAAUUAUUUGGAAUUAAAUGAAUUUAUAAUUAAACCUUCUCCGCGUGCAAAGAGCUGUUAUAUAACUGUUUACGUUUUUUUUUUUCCUUCUCUUUCCCACUACCAAGUCCAUCGUGGUGCCUGCUGCCUUGCCUUAUUAAAAAGAAAAAAAAUGUAACGCUCUGGGUCCUCAUUGCUUUCAGAGAAGCUCGGAAUGAGAGCAGAAGGCAACCAUUUGGGAGAUGAGGAGUCCUGGAACCGAGUGUAACUGUGGAUGUGUCAUACAUGUUGCAGGGAGAUGUGAAUCAUGGCCAAGGAGUGCGUGCACUCGCCCAGCAUUGGUGGCCUGUGGGAUGCUCACAGUUCCCGACAUGGAAUUAUAUUUAUUUUUUGUGAUACUUAUAUUGCUAAACACUUUGCACCUGAGCAGCAUGGUGACAAAUGUUUAAAAUGUGGCGCAGAUGGCUGCAUGGGGUUUCAUUUUCAUAUCCUGGAAUUACCUUUUUUUUUUUUUCCUUUCUCGUCCUCAGAUGACAAAAUGUUCGAACACAUUGAUGAAAUCAAUGAAUCAUUGUCCCCCCCCUGCCUCCCUUUUUCUGAAAUAGGUUUGCCAUUACUGUGUGUGUGAGUAUGAACAUCCAUCCAACCCAGACUGUUUGGUUAAUUGCCGCCUUGACCCAGCUUACAGUCCCAGCGUAAUAUACUCGCAUUUGUCGAAAUUGCACGCUAAAUCAAUUUAAAACCAAAAUUGAUCAGAAAAUCUUUGAACUUCUGCGGCGAGACCAGAGAGGAGGCGGCGAGGUGAAACAUCCCAGAUGGUGUUGCCUCACGCUGACCGGCAUCCCUGAUCAUUUCUGACUGAAACUCAUCGCGUGCAAUCUGACGCAAGGCCGGCGGUGUGCGAUACAGGUGUAGAGCGCCGCCGUCAGAGGAAGCCUCCCUCCUCGCAGAAAGAGCUCAUCAGAAAGGCAGAGCCAGGGAGAGAGACGGGUGAUGGGCAGCCGGUGUUCUCGUACGCUCUCUGCUUUCACACCAUUUGAGAGUUAAUCAAUGCGGAAGCAGAGUGGCACGGCGCAUGAAACCUGUCCAAGCUGCACCAAGUGUUGGCUCAUCACUUCUGCUAUUUUCAGUGCGUGGAGUUGAACUUGCCCGGCAAUUAUUUUCGAACACUGUUCUCAAAAAAAAAAAAAAAAAAAGCUGAUUAAGAAGAAAAAAAGAAAAAGCUUUUUCUGGAGGAGUUUUUGCUCCCAUUCCAGUUUCAUGAAUUCUCAGAUUGCGUUGGCAGAAUUGGAUGUUUAUGGUAAAUAAAAUCAGCUUGAUGCCACACAUGUGCAGGUACGCGUUAGCCAGCUACAAGGCCCAAGGGCAAAAUUACGCUCAAGGACCCCUCUUUACAACCUCGUUUCAGCAACUCUUAGGAUUAUAUAUAGUUCACAUAUCUUUAAGUAAUCUUGUAGUAUGCAUAGAGUAUUAGUUUAAUUUAAAUUAACAGUAACUGAAAUAGAAUUGUGGGUUUUUUUGCUAACCUCUUGAAUUUUUUCAUCCAUAUUGUUGUGAUUUAAGAUGUGCUCAAUAUUAAGUUGAUUAGAAGGAAUAUAAAUGAAUUCUGUUUCUCCUGGGUUUCUACCAGUUGAAUUGCUCACAAGUCUAUUUAUUAUGUAGCCCUUAGCUACCAAAAAGGAAAAAUAAGCUAAUCCGUUUUCGUUUUCAAGUGCAUCUACUUUCUGAUCAUUUUUAUGUAAAAAGUAAUACGAAUAAAGUGGGGGCAUAAAAAUGGCUAAGGAUUUGCAAGUUAAAUCUGUCACUGUAACAUGCAAAGCAACACUGAUAUUAUGAAGGUUUUGGAUAUUUUUCCUGUCUUAACCCUUAACAUGAUUGUUUUUUAUGUAUUUUUUGGUCUUUGAAUGCCCACAUGUUGUUUAUAUUAUUUAUAUCUUGCUGUCAGUUAUUCCCAAUUCAAAAGUUGGCAAUUUACUUUACGUUGGGUGUUGACUUAAUUGUUCACGUUUCUAUUUUUUUCCUUCUUAUGCUGCUUUUCAGUUUGCAGUAAGACGCUGCAAUCAUACGUAAAUGAUAAUUACACUAAUAAUGCAUCUACCCCGGGCGUACUGCGAGACAUGCAGGGUGGACAUUUUGCAUAUGCUCGAGUGACGUUUCAUCGACCGCGGCCCCUUCCUCCUUUCUCCCCCGCCGAUGCCGCCACAUUCCUCCGAGCCCGCCUCGCUUUCCUUCUCGGCACCCGGUCUCCAUGAUGAUGUGAGCAAUUGAGUUCAAGGAGAUCUGGGUAAUUGAGAGGGCAGGGAUGGCAUCUGACAGGCACCGAUGGCUCCAAUGAUUACUUUAAUCAGAGUGGUUAAUGGAAUUCCUUCAGGCAUGUAGAAAUGCUCAAAUGUUCAUCAGCACUCAACCGAUUUCUACCCACCCCCCGUCGCUGCCAACGCCUCCUCUUCUACCUCACGUUGCCAUAAUUACCGAUCAGUUUUCCUUCCUCCUUGUGCCUUCUCUUUCAUUGUUACCCCCAAGCUUCUGGGCUUUGUUUGUUCCUGUGAUCUUAAAUCCAAAGUGGGAAUCAUUAUGAGGGUACACUGGGCAGCUUUAUGGCCCAAAAAUGCAUUAUGGAUAAGGCAUUUUCUCAUAAAAUGCCAUGGUAAAGCUCUUAACAUCCAUAGGAACUCUCAAGGACUUGGUCACAGUAAAUUCAGGCAUAUUCUUACAUAGAUAAAAAGCACUUUAGAUUUAAGUGUUUUUUUUUUCCAGGACAUGUAGAAUAAAGAGUGGAUUUUAAAUUUGUAUUUUUUUUUUUAAAAGGCUCUAAAUUUUUCCAUCAGGAAUGUUUAACACUUCUGAAUUAAAUGGUACUAUAACACUUGUAUGUUCUACUCAGAUUUUAAUUUUUGAAUGAUUAGCCAUUGCAUCUUAAAGUCAAAUGUGUCAUCUGCCAAUUAAAAAGCCACUUGCUGCUGUCAAUA